AUAGCGGCGCUAUCAAUGGGCGGACGCGCGGGGGGCGGCGCGGCUACAUGUUGCGGUGCAGCCAACGUGGGACCGCGGCGAGCGGAGCGGAGGGGUCCGGCGGGACGGCAGGGCGAGCACCGGGCACCGAGCGGAGCCGGGUGUUGGCGGUCAGCGGGGAGAAAAAGCGCUCGUGGAGGCGGAGAGAGCGCGGAUCCGCUCCGCUCUGCCUGCACGGCGGAUGCCCUGAGCGCCCCGCGGGGUCGGCGGCCGAGGCGAUGGUGCUGCGGGUGUUGGAGCUGCGCUGAGCGCUCCGGGAACCGCGAACCGGGACCGCGUUCCGCUCCGCUUCGGACCUUUGCCGGUGCCGGAUACAAAAUGGCGGUGAUGCCGUCGCGGGGCGGCGGAGGUUCCGCGUUGCCGCUGUUGCUGGCGGUGCUGCUGGGCUCGGCCGCCUCCUGCCCCGACGGCUGCGGCUGCGACGGGGAGCGGCUGCGCUGCGGCGGGUUGGGGCUGCCCGAGGUGCCCCGGGAGCUGCUGUCCGCCGGGCUGCGGCACGUAAACCUGAGCUACAACAAGUUGACCGAGAUUGAUCCUUCUGCCUUUGCAGAGCUGUUGAAUCUGCAGGAAGUGCAACUGAACAACAAUGAACUGACUGCCAUUCCCUCCCUGGGACCUGCUGCUUCCAACGUCCGUGCCCUCCACCUGCAUCACAACAGGAUCCGCAGCAUUGAAGCAAGUCAACUGAAGCCCUACGUUGCCCUGGAAACGUUGGACCUGAGUUUCAAUGACAUCACGGAAAUCCGAAACGGCUGCUUUCCACAGGGACUUCACAUAAAGGAGCUCUACCUGGGGAGCAACAGAAUCAGCACCCUGGAGCCUGGUGCUUUUGAUAGUCUGUCACGGUCCCUGCUAACACUUCGUCUGAGUAAAAACAGGAUCACUCAGCUUCCUGUCAAGGCAUUCAGGCUGCCCAGGCUGACACAACUGGAGCUGAACCGGAAUCGCAUCCGCCUGAUUGAAGGCCUGACAUUCCAGGGACUGGACAGCCUGGAAGUCCUGAAACUCCAGCGCAACAACAUCAGCAAACUGACUGAUGGAGCUUUCUGGGGGCUGGCCAAGAUGCAAGUUCUGCACCUGGAUUAUAACAGCCUGACAGAAGUAAACAGCGGCUCGCUCUAUGGCCUUUCAUCCCUCCACCAGCUUCACCUCAGUAACAACUCCAUAUCCCGCAUCAACCCUGAUGGCUGGAGCUUCUGUCAGAAGCUGCAUGAGCUAAUACUCUCUUACAACAACCUCACCAGGCUGGAUGAGGGAAGCUUGGCAGACCUCGGAGGACUGCAUGUACUACGGCUGAGCCACAAUUCCAUCAAUCAUAUUGCGGAAGGUGCCUUCAAGGGACUCAAAAACCUGCGUGUCCUGGAACUGGACCACAAUGACAUCUCAGGCACAAUAGAAGACACCAACGGAGCCUUUACUGGCCUAGAAAAUCUGAGCAAGCUAACUCUGUUUGGAAACAAGAUCAAGUCGGUGGCCAAGAAAGCGUUCUCAGGGUUGGAGGCCCUGGAGCACCUGAACCUUGGAGAUAACGCCAUCCGCUCCAUCCAAGCAGAUGCUUUUGCUAAGAUGAAGAGCCUGCGGCAGCUCCACAUCAACAGCGACAGCUUCCUCUGCGACUGCCAGCUGAAAUGGUUGCCCCCGUGGUUAGUGGAGAAGGAGCUGCAGUCCUUCGUGGUGGCCACCUGUGCCCAUCCCGAGUCCCUGAAGAGCAAAAGCAUUUUUGCUGUCCUGCCAGAAAGUUUUGUGUGUGAUGAUUUCCCCAAGCCUCAGAUCAUCAUCCAGCCAGAGACCACAGUGGCCGUCCUUGGGAAGGACAUCCAUUUCACGUGCUCGGCUGCCAGCAGCAGCAGCUCCCCCAUGACCUUUGCAUGGAAGAAAGACAAUGAAUUACUGCAUGAUGCUGAAAUGGAGAACUUUGCCCACGUGCGGGCGAAGGAUGGUGAGGUGAUGGAAUAUACCACCAUUCUGCACCUCCGCCACGUCACCUUUGCCCAUGAGGGCCGAUAUCAGUGUAUCAUCACCAACCACUUUGGCUCUACCUACUCCAACAAGGCUCGACUCACUGUUAAUGUGUUGCCCUCAUUUAUCAAAACUCCCCACGACAUCACCAGCCGGACAGGGACAACAGCACGGCUGGAGUGUGCAGCUGAAGGACACCCACCCCCACAAAUUGCCUGGCAGAAAGAUGGAGGCACAGAUUUCCCUGCUGCACGAGAGAGGAGGAUGCACGUCAUGCCUGAGGAUGAUGUGUUCUUUAUUGCAAACGUGAAAAUAGAAGACAUGGGCAUCUAUAGCUGCACAGCACAGAACUCUGCAGGGUCUGUGCUUGCAAAUGCCACCCUGACUGUACUGGAGACACCGUCUUUGAUUCACCCACUGGAAGACCAUGUAGUGUCUGUAGGUGAGACUGUGGCUCUUCUGUGCAAAGCCACGGGGAGCCCACCUCCCCGCAUUACCUGGCUGAAAGGUGACCAGCCGCUGAGUGUGACAGAAAGGCAUCACUUCACCUCUGGCAACCAGCUCCUCGUCAUUAGGAAUGUUGUCUUGGAAGAUGCAGGGAAAUACACUUGUGAAAUGUCCAACACCCUGGGGACGGAGCGUGCGCACAGCCACGUGAGCAUCUUACAGUCUCUUGGGUGUAGAAAAGACCGUACCACUGUGGGGAUCAUCACUAUUGCUGUGGUGUGCAGCAUCGUGCUGACGUCGCUGGUCUGGGUCUGCAUCAUCUACCAAACCAGAAAGAAGAGUGAGGAAUACAGCGUCACCAACACAGAUGAGACCAUUGUGCCUCCAGACGUGCCCAGCUACUUGUCCUCACAAGGGACUCUUUCUGACCGGCAGGAAGCGGUCGUCAGAGGAGAUCACCAACAGCCUAAUGGACACAUAGACAGCAGUGGUAUGUGUCAGACUGAUGCUGGAAGGUGUCCAGAUGUUGAAGCUCCCGCUGUAGGUUGCAGACAGCCAAAACUGUGUAUUGGCUACAAUAAAGACACUUGGAAAACUGAAGACACGGCUGACGGAAUGCUUGUUCCAGAUAAGACAGGCUACGGCCUGCCCGUCGUGUGCACAGACUGCAGCGGCAGCACAGACAGCAUGAACAUCCACAUCUAUCCCGGCGAGUCGGAGUACUACACCGAGGGCCUUCAGACUCUGGAUAGUUCCUACCAGAAAGCACUGAGCAGCAAGGAACGGAGCAGGAAGAGGGGUGCAGGCACCACCAGCCUUCUUCAUCCACAGCAGUGCAAUGGGACUGCCAGCAGCAAGAGGACGGAAGCCGAUGGGACCCUCUACCCCAGCAACCACGACAGAAUAACACCUGUGAGCCCAGCCAGCCCGCUGCUUGCAGAACAACACGGCUCUUCGCAAUCAGGAGCAAAGCCUUCAGAGCUUAACAACCUGAACUUGGUGAGAGCUUCACCGGCAGGAGGGUCACUAAAGCAACUGAACGUGCUUCCCGAAAUCCCCCCAACACUACUGGAUCUGCAGAGCGAAGCAGAAGCAAAACAGGCCCUCCUGGCCAAUGGCUUCGCACCCAAGUCGUGCGACUCCAGUCAUGCGUUUAAGCCACCGAGCAGAUCAGCAGACUGAGGAGGACGGACUGCCAUGUGCAAAGUAACAAACAUAUUAUUAUUACUAUUUUUUGCACAGAGUAUAUAGGCUACUUACUUCUACCUCAAAUCUUGAACUGAUGACCUGUCAAAGGCAAAACAGCUGAGGUAUGAGAAACAAGCUUGUAUGGGGAACAAACUCCUGUUCGAGCGUCGUCUGUUUGUACAUAGUUUAAAACUUCCCUGUGAAGUAUGAAGCAUUCAAAAGUUGACUUGCAUAUGAAGCACAUAAAUGCAAGAGUUAUUGUGUAAAGAGAAAAGUAUUUGAUACAAUUGUACAUAAGAGUUUUCAUAUAUAAAUAUAUAUAUAUAAAUAUAUAUAUAUAUAUAUCUUUUACAGAGGCUAUUUUAAUCUUUAGUGCAUGGAAAACUGAGUGAAAUUGUACAAUUUGGGCAAUACUGUUUUCAGUAUCAGGUUGCUGUUAAACUUUGUGAGAGAAAUCAUUUCUGGUGCCUUAAAUGCAUAAACAGAAGUUGAAAAAGCCAGACUGUUCCAAAGGGAUCGUCCUCUUUGCAGUGGAAGUCCCUUUAAAUCAAGUAUCGAUUGGGUUACUUAGCACAAAUUCUUUCCCCUCUGAAAGUUAUUGCACUUAACGCAUUUAAACAGAGAUCUGCAACUGUUGGAAACGAAGCUUGCAGGAAUAAAGAGAACAAGCAGUGAGAAAUUACGUAGCAACCUGAUUUUUUUUCCCUGUUUGUGGGAGAACUUAAAUUCUGUUACUCUUCAAAACUCCAUGUAUAGAUCUGUAUCUUCCCCAUGUCAUGUUGAGUGGACCGCACGAGUGGUACUAAAUAACCCAGCAACAGUGCAGAGCCCCAAACCAACCAUGCAGAAUGGAUAUCGCGAGAGGCGAGCAGUCGCUCCCUAAAUAGGUAAUUAAUUCAUGCAGUGAGCUGCAGGGUGGCCUCGUGCGUUGUGCACCACUCAUCACUGACACGGCCAAACUGCAGAUGCUGCUCCCCACACGGAUCAGUGCAUGCAGUGCUGCAGCUUGGCUGUGUGCAGGAGGAGUCAUCACCUCCGCCACUGUCAUGCAUUUGCUAACCAAGCAAUGCACAUCUAUCCCCAAUGGGGUUCAAAACCACGUAGCUGUUGUGAGAACAGGAAUGAAAUCCUGCUCUGCCAGCUGUGCCCUUAAUUCACACAGUACAAUAUUCCACUUGCCUGUUCAAAACCAUUGCCCUGAUUUGCAGCCAGACUCUACAUGAAAAUAUCCACUUCAGAUGAAUGGCGCUGCCUUGUGUAGCAAUGCUGGGCUGCUCAGAAAUCACCUCCUUUAGGAGGGGAACUGUGGCUGACACUUUACAAUGGAAAUAUCCUGAAUAUUUUUACCUGGUCUUUUAAGUUCAUCCAUGAAUGGGGGGGGAAAAAAAUACCCAUUUUGGUGGAACAGAUCUUUGUCACUUCUAACCUGAGUGCGAAGCUUUUUGUUCAUAGAAAGGCUGCUUUCUGUUGGUGUUGGUACCUGUGGAUGGAGGACUCCCUUCCAGUUAUUUAUAGUUUGAGUUCUGCUAAUAUAAGGUUGCUAACUCUGGUGAUGACUACUUGGGGGAAAGGUUUAUUAGGGGGGUUUGUUACUUUUUUCCUUAGGAGCAACACAAAUGCCAGCAGAAUUGAGUGGAAAUCUACUUUUGCUAAGACUGUGGCUCACAACAUGCAGAAACGCUGCAGUUUGGGUUCAGAUCCAUUACUUUAGUAUCUGUCUGAGUCCUACCACAGCUGUGGGACUGCAAUAAAGUUGCAUGCUGCCCUUCAAUGGCAACGUGCCCAUUGGUUUUAAUGUUGGUUGUGUCCCACCUUACCUUGAGAAGUCAACAUCUCCUAUAAGGAAGGAUCUGCUUCUUCUGCAGAGCAGCUGAAGGCAAGUUCUGCUGUAAACAAGCCAACUGAGCCCGACCUUAAAGAAGCAAAGCAUAAUUUAGCCAGGUACCUGUCUGUAUCAGUUUCUGACUAUUGACACGUUUGCACUUUGAGACAGGUGGCUGAUUAUGUUGAGUGCCAAGUCUGUUCCAAGAAAAGGAAACGGAUGUUAGAAAAGUCAUAAACGAGGCACAUGUUUCCCUUUCCUCGAGGGAAAGUUGUGCCUCAGAACCGACUCAGUGAGAACUGGGAAGGAAUGGAUGACUUACCUGACUCAUUUUGCUGGUGGAAACGUCAUCACCAUUGCAGAGACAGAGCGUAGUUGCCACGUUAACAUUUGAAAAUGAGGUUCCUGAAUAAAGAUAACUGCCUAACCUUACGACUUCCACUAAAUAUGUGAAUUUGCUGCUUCUAAGAGGCAAUGUGAAAGAGGAAGUAUUACUUUUGUGUACAAAGUUAUUUAUUUAUUAGAAGAAUUUGGUACAAUGUUGUACAUUGAAAAACAUGUAAGAUAUUAAAGUGUCUAACAAAUGCAUUGAAGCGUCUUUAAUAAAGGUUCAUUUAUAAUAUUACA